GGAUAGUGGUUAUCCUCCUGAUUAGACCGGAGCGCAACCGGUUGAAUUUUCGAGCAUGAACACACGCUGGGAAUGUUAUUGCAAUAUUGAUGUUCGCGUGCAAAGAGCAAUCCGCCAUUGCUUGUCUUCUUUCUUUCUUCAAGUUCUUUGAAUCCCAUCCAAUUAGAGAUUCGUGCCAAGUAGUACUAUGCUGUUCUUUGGUUGCUUCAUGUUUCAUAGCAGCCUUGCUCAGUUGGUGGCUCACUCUAUUCUGGUCCUGGUUCAGUUGGCGGUUCGAUCCAGCCUAAUCAUGGUUUAGUCGCCCAUUCAAGCUCGAAGAUGGCAGAAACUCCAAGUAAAGGGUGUCGUUCCUUCUUUUCCUUUUUUCCAAGGGCCUCAGCGGUACACUGCACCGUGGCUAGCUCGAUGGGACUGGUUAGGCAGGGCCUGAGGGGGCUUAAGAUCAACACCGACGAAAAAUGUUAGCAUAGUGUCGAUCGAGGGCUGCAUGGUAUGGACACUGUGAGGAGGUAUAUCCAUCCUGGCGGCAAGGAAGACAACCUCGAUGAAUCUCAAGGGCGGCACACUCCUCAGGGGAUAGAGCUCCACGAGGAGGUACGAAACCCUGCGGGCUACGUGACACCCAAGGCCGCGGAUCCUGCGGCCUCGACAGCAACCGAGGAGGCCGACCGGGGGUCCGCGGCCGAGGCCGCGCGACCACACCAGACCCAGGAGAGGGUGCAAGUGGGAAAACGUUUCAUCCUGUACCAUGUGGUUUUCAGAAUCAUGCACAAGAUAAAAGUAAAAGAGUUAGACAAACAAAUGAGAUUAGGAUACUACUUGGAGAAGAGCAUCAUCCUUGCUCUUGAAGUCCUAGGGCUUCUUCUAGGAUGGUUGUUCAAACCAGAUGUUCCCACAGAAGAUUGGAAUGAAACAGUAGACUCUGGUGGUGUCUCUGCUGACACAGAGCUUACAAUCUGGCCGGCUGGAGUGACUGGUUGCUCCUAUCUGCGAACGGGCGAUGGACCAACGAUCUCAAAGGUCAGAGAAUCUGGGAAGCUUGGUGGUGGCGAAAGGAAUGGCAAAAGUGAAAGCGAUGGAAGAGAAGGCAAGUGGGGGCACUGGAGGAGGGAAGAGGGAGGAAGGGGGGAAACGGAGUCUUCAAACAGUAACGCAGGAGUUCCGAGAACGCAUCGUUUGAUUGACGCGGACGUGGGAUCUGGGGCCGCCAGAGGCGAGGUGGAGGGUUACCAUGCUUGGCUUGUGAGGCAAGCCAAGAGGUACAUUCUGACGCAUACGGGUUUCGAGUUAGACGACACGAAUUACAUCGUUGCUUGUCGGCAGUUUGAGGAUUUCUACUUGCAGCAGGGCAGGUCUAGUGAUUGGGGCGAGGCGGAGGGGCGUGCUCGUGAGCGCCCGUGUAGCGGUGACAUCGAGACGAUCGAGUGCGCGUCUUGGUGGUCCCAAUACGGGGUUGUCGCACCUGAGUUGCAGCGGUGUGCUCUUCGCGUGAUGCACAUGUGGUCCUGCGCCUCUCUAGUGGAGAGGAACUGGGCAAUCCACGAGGGCAUCCGCACGAAGAAGUGCAACAGGGAGGUGGAGGAGGAGGAGGAGGAGAGGGAGGAAGGCGGGAAGGAGGACUUCGAUAUGGCGGCGGAGGAGGAAGAAGACCACGAGGAGGUGGAGGAGGAGGAGAACGAGGAAGAGGAGGAGGAGGAGGUAGACGUGGAGGAGGAGGAAGACGAGGAGGAAGAAGCAGAUGACCAGGAGGAGGAGGAGGUGGGGGAGGAGGUCGACCAGGUGGAGGAGGAGGAUGAAGACGAGGAGGAGGAAAAGGUGGAGGAGGUCAACGAGGUGGAGGAGGAGGGAGAAGAUGAGGAGGACGAGGUGGAGGCCUUGGAGGGGGAGCACGAGCCGUGCAGAGGCCGGGAUGAGGAUUCCUACUCCGACGAGGCGAGAGUCGUCCAUUCCACCACCCCCUUCUUCAAGUCCUGCACCACCAUCACUUGUCUCGCCACUUCAGCCAACCACUACAGCAGCGGAGACGGGGGAGUUGGCAUCCUCCUUGCCUCAGCACAGACUUCUGCAGAGAUCUACGGUGGUCCGCCAGCUGAGGUUAUGAUCACCUUCCCGGGGGUUCUUGAAGGAGAAGGUUGGCCACCGUGCCACUCCCGCGGACAGGGGGGCCUAGCCCGAGCGGAGGAGGAGGUCACAGCAGCGGCAACGGUGGAGGGGGAGGUAGCAGCAGCCGAGGAGGAGGUACCAACAAUGGCAGGAGGUGCCAACUGCAGCAGCAGUGGAGGAGGAGAUAGCAGCUGCAGUGGAGGGGGAGAAGGAGGUAGCGCCAGCGGCGGUGGUGUCAGACGUUGAUAUGGAGCAUGAUAGUACAAACGCUAUUGGGGGCGGUGAUGACGCCGAGGAUCACCUCAUGCAACAGUUUA